CUUUGACGGCGGAAGAGUUUGCAGGUCCAGUGUUAAGUUGGGGACGACAUGUCUUUGUCGGCUGCCGGAAACGCCGACUUGAGGCGUCCUCGACGGCUUUUGCUCAGGCGUCCCGUCGUCAGCCGGCCGCCCGAGGCGCUCGGGGGGCCCGUCGUCUUUGUGUCUUUUGUCAGCAAGGCCGUCUUGUGGGAAAGGCCCGUCGUCUCCUGCCGGACUGCCCGUGUGAGUCCCCAGCGUCCCUCCUCACUUUGUCCUCGCUUCUUGUCUCACAUGAAGUCCGACUGCCAAGGCCUCCGACCUCCAUGUUUCCUGAGCUCCAAGCCGCCAGCUCAGCCUCCGUCUGCAGGCAUACGGCCGGCCGCUCGCCCCUACCGACCGCCGCCAGGGUCCGGCCACGGCCAAACCCACGGGAGAGCGCGUGAAGGCGUCCGAUAUGCCGUCGCGAGCCGACCUCCCGUUCCGCCGUCAUCCACCAUCGCGAGACCACACAGCAAAGUUCCCAAAGAUGGACGCCGGCCGGCAGACGGACCCGAAGCGGGAGAACCCGACGGGGAAUUCUGCUUCAGUCCGAGCGGGGCCAAGCGUUCCGAGGUCUCUUCAGACUUGGGUCGUCCGACAUCCGGUCUAUUCAGCCGGAGCACCGGCUUGGCCGGCGGCCGCAGCAGCGUCACAUCUGGAGAUCCGAGGCAGCCGUCAUCCGCAUCACCGGGCCUUCCCGAACGAUCCCACCGUCGACCGACUCCUCGGAACGCCUUGGUUCCGAUUAAUGCCGUCCCGCCCGAACUGCCUAAUGUUGAUGGUUCUUCGGAAAAGCCUGAGGACACCUUAGAAGGUGUCAGAAAUUCCUCCACAGAUGCCGUCCCACCGUUGGACUCCCGUCGUGGUGUCUCUGCACUGAGUCCCAUUUUAGCGAGCAGGAGAACCCCCUCUGCGGACCCCCGGCGCUGGCCCGUGCUGCCUCCCAUUUCCCCCUUGAAAGGUCGCUGCGGCUCGACGACGGAGUCACCGGACUCAGAACUCAGCGGCGUUCACUGCGACCCGUUUGAGGAAGCGGACGCCGUCGCCCCCUCGACGCCUUCGUCCCGCUCGUCUCUGGACCGAGCGGCCGACUCGAGGGGCAGCGAAGAUUGGGAUCGGCGCGCGUCGUCGGUGUGUGCGGCAUUGACGGCAGGCCGCCGUUUGUCGUCGGGGGAUUCGGGCUCGCUGGCGCGUGUGCGCCUGCUGCUCCUGGAGCGUCGCAUCACGCCAGAAGGCACGCCUGACCUGGCGCCAGGCGAGCAGGACGACGUUUGCGAUGUCACGGCCACCUCAGAAGGUCCCACGGGGAGUCCCGACUCAUUCUGGAAGGUCCCGGAAGCUGACGAGUCGGAUUGGUCGCUGGGAGCUUCCAGGUCUCCUUCGUCAUGCCUCCUAAGCGCGACUCCGUCAUCUGACGGCUUCCCAUCGGGGUCCUCCUCGCCCGAAGAAGGUUUUGAUGCAGAUCUUGGAUCCCAGACGGUGGCGUUUGCGGUAGAGGAGGCGAAGCACUCGAGUGUGGAUGCAAGGAAGAGCAAAGUCCUCAACAUGCUUUACAAGAUGGCGGAGCCCUCCAAGCGCAUCCCCGCCGACGCUCGCGUCUGCUCCGACUUUGACGACUUCGACUUUUUGGCAAAGUUCUGCAUCUUCAGUCCGGAGAAGCUGGAAGAGUACAAGAGAGCCUUUGAAGCGGAAGACUCUGACGGCGACGGUUACAUCUCGUGCGUUCAAGUGGUGGACGCCCUCAAGCGAAUCGUCCCGGCUGAACUUCUCUCCGAAGAGGAGGAGAUUUAUCUUUACAGGAUCCUGGCCCUGGUGGACUUCCGCGUGACAGACGGCCUGGUGGACGUGAGACUUUUUGCCGUCAUCGCCAGCCUGGCGCAAAAGAUCGCCGCCAUGGAUGACUUCAUGAGGUCGCUGGUCACCAGCAUGGACUUUCGCUCUCUCCAAGUACGACUCUUCAAAGUCAAGCAGCUUUUCCUGUUCCUGCUGGACGAGCACGGGGCAGAGGCGGGCGGGCGGCGAGCUCUCAUCAGCGGCGAGCAGCUGGCGCUGGAGCUGAAGGCGGGCGGCAUGGGGCCGGCGCGGGAGCUCCGCACGCUUGCGCCUCUCGACCUGCUGGACUUCCUGGCCUACCUGCCGCUCUUCAUGCGCAUCCACACCUCCGUCGUCGACAACCCGCUGCGCGACGCCACGCAACUGGCGUCAGAGUGAAGAGUUGCAUCUUCUGCUGAUGUUCCAGGCUGCAAGGUUCCACUUUGAUUGAAGCGGAUCAUCGUCCGUAUGGAAAAAGGGGAGGGCGGCGGGGUGGUCUUUGUGUGCAAUUGGCUCCACUUGAUAGUGUUACAGUAGCGUCCAGCAGGCGCUGUGUGCGUUAUUGUCGCAUUGGGAGAGUGCGGCAUAAUAAGACUUGUCAGUCAGGCUGGAACAAAACACAGCAAAGUGUAGCCCCCCCCUUCUGCCCCUUGCACCUCUGUCCCACUCCCUUUCCUACUCCCUCCUUUAUUCCCGUCCCUGCGUCCUGAAGAGGGAUUGUAAUAAAUUGUGCAAUUUUCUGCAUUGGCCGUGGCAUUCAAAAUCAAGCGUGCAUUGAGUGAGACCCCCACUCUCUCGCUCCACCAGUACUUUCCUUUAUUUGAGCCCCCCCCCCCCACCCCUCUUUCCCCCAGGCCUGCCUGUGUGUUUGGCCCAGCAAGGGAGUUUGGAAAGGAGCGUGGGUUCUAUUCAGAGCCUGGCCACGUCCGGCCUCUGUGAAACCAAUCCAGGCGCUCUCAGCCGCUCGCCCUGCAGUCCAAUUAGCGCUUUGUGAGGACUUGCGGUGCACUCGUCCGCCCGCGGGCCCGCGGGGGCUUCCCGUGCGCCCUAAUGAAGGACGUGACAUCUGGGUGCCCUUCCGAACAAACACCUUGAAGGUCUCACUCGGUGUCUGGCUCACUCCAAAGAAAAAGACGCAGCUACUGCAGGAAAUCGUGGUAAGGGCUUGCAUUUUUUUGGUCAAAUAACAAGUCAAGCAACAACUGCCAUAUGAACUUUUUCACAUCACAAAAAUGUAUUUCCAUCAGAAAUAAAUAAAAAUUAAUGACUCAUCAAACAUACUGCGUCGAAAAGUAAUUUGCAAAUAAAUCCCAAAAUUAAAUUCAAGUGAUUUUUCCCCCCCCCUGUGUAUCACUAGAGGGAGCCACACACCAUCGCAAUUUGACCGUCGUUGAUGAUCUAUCCGUUUUCUAUUCACAUUGUCCCUAUUAUGGCAAGGCACGUAUGUUAUCUACUCGUCCGUAAUUUUGCUUCAUGUUGUUUCAAAGUAAAUAGAAAGUGCACAUAUAUGGAUGGACUUCUACAGUCUCCCCUGGAGUUUGUGUUACGUCAUCAAAAUGUAUUUAUGACAUCACUUGUCACAUUUGAAUGCAACCCAAAGUCCUUCACUCAAUAACAAUCCAUAAAACGUUGCUUUCUCUAUUUGUAUGACCUUGCUCAUCUCAUUGGAGUCGCUGCCAUAAAAAAAUGUUAGCAAACAACUCCCUCCUGCGGACAGAAAUGUCAUUGCAAGACACUUCGCGAUUUGGUUUUAAUUGUCCAUUCUGCUCUGCCGUACUGUGCCCAGUCACGUGAGUUUGUUGACCGGGAAGAGCGCGACCGUCAACUUCGCUAGCCCAAAAAACGAAGCAAAAGUCGACUUUUUGAAAGAUAAAAAGUAUUCAGAGUAUA